CGAGCCUGUUUGGAGAGUCGCGGGAAAUUGGAAGUAAAUCGAUCCCCGUCUGAUCGAACAUCAAAAUGAAAUUUACAUGGACACCCCAGCAGAGUCACUGGGCGAGUGAGCAGGAUGGAGGACAAUACUCUGCACUGUGAGGAGCAGCUGAAGACUACACUGCACUGUGACGACAAGGAGAAGCUGCGCAGGAAGUUGGCUCUGUUACAAAGGGAAUAUCUCAGGACAGCCCAGAAACUACAGCGUGCUGAGCGUUUGGAUGCAGUGCGGAAACAUGUGAGGAGCAGGAUCACACAACAGAACAACCAGGACCAGAGAGACCCAGAGGUGACAUCUGACCCCUAUCCCAACCCGUCGACAUCUUCACCCACACUGGUCACUCGCAAUGGGACAGCUCCAGGUGUACCUCAGCGUCAGGAGAACACUGGACGGCCAGCAGACUCUGAUGGCUCCAGAAUCAGGUUCCUGCUCCCCACCGAUGUCACUUGCCCGUCGACCCCAGACUCAGGCCAUGACGCAGCCAGAUGCCACAGACCCAAUCCCGCCCUGCGCCUCAGGUCACGAAGCAGCCGCCUUCGCUGGGAAAGGAGGAGUGCCGAGGCCGGCAGGAGCACAGACAACAGCGAGGAAGGACAGGAGCAGAGUGAGAGGAUGGAGGGUGGAACAGAGAGAGACGAGGAGACGGUUAAAUCGGAGGGAACGGAGGUUGUGAAUGAAAGUGAAGAGCUAUUUUCUCCUUCAGAAUCUGAGUCUCCCUCUCUGCUGCUGUCACACUGGAACACACAAGGACACACUGAAACGGGUGAGAUGCAAGAAGGUGAAGGGAAAAGGGAGUUGAGAGAUGAAGGGAACGAACACUCAAACCCUGCUACACACACUAAAGGAGGGAGACAAGAUUUCACACAAGAUCGAGGGAAAGAGGAGACAAAUGGAGGAGAAGAGGAUGAGAACAGGAGAGUACAAAGAGAUGGUAGGCCGUGUGGAGAGAACAGUAAUAAUGAUACCGAACAACACGCAGGAGAGAAAACAGACAGUGAACAAACUCAUGACGUGGAAGUAAAGGAAGAAAAACGUGGGAUGGGAGGAGAUGAAAAGGGUGUGGGCCUCCUGGACUCUUGUACGCUAGUGGAAGGACUACUUUUCCCAGUGGAAUACUAUAUCCGAACCACAAGACGUAUGACAUCUUCACAGAGCCAGCCCGACAUUCAGGCCAUCAACCUCUCCCAGUUUAUCACGGGACGACGUCGCAGGAGCCGGGGACGUGGCGGACAGACACGCAACGGUGAACGUUCAGAUCAACGCGCAGAUUUGCAGUCACAGGCUGCUGACACGUCCGUUGAGCUCAGUCAGACCUCCAGUGAGAUAUCGGAUCAGAUCUCGGUUAGUGAGACCAACACGGAUGCCUUUUCAUGCCCUACUGUCCGCACCGCUCGUCCAGGGAGAGGCAGGGGGAGGAGGAGGGGGAGAGGUAGGGGCAGAGGGAGACCUCAGACCCCACGAUGCUCUCUUAGUUUAGACACCCAUCAUCCAGGCCUUGAACAAACCUCAGAUGAUCCUCAGCCCACCAGCACUCCACUCUCCUCCGACCAGUCUCUCCAUGGAGCUGAUAGAGAAAAGCCUUGCCUCAAUCCAGAAGAAGCUGUUCCGGUGCCAGAAGACGCCCAGAAUGCAUCCACCCACAGCGCAGCUACACAGCCUUCCUCUCAGGUUAACGGAGCUCAGUCCAGCCCUGCGUCUGGACAGCAGGGGAAGGUCUAUCCCAUCUUUCUUAAGAGCAGCGACAAGACUAACAGAUCCACACAGAGGAACACAAGUGCAGAGAGCUGGCGAUCUCUCCUCUUGCCCUCCUCUCCAGCCGCACAAACGUCUCCGCUUCCUCUCCCGUCUUUAUUCCCCGGCCCGCUGGUCAACGACCUGGCGAACUUCGACAUGCAUCAAGAUUUUCAUCUCCCCGAUGACCAGUUUGCUUCCCUGAAACUUCACAAACUUCGCCGAGUCGCUGUGGAAUCAGGAGUAGAACAUUUCUCAUCGCCGUCUCAUAACACGCGUGGCAGCAACCGGCGCUCCGACACCCACUACGGCAGCGACUCAGUGACGCCUCUACCGCUCCCGCUCAGCCUCACACCCACAGUCGACAAAGCACCCCAUCCCUAUAAAGACAAAGAGGCACAGCUCACAGAUAAACUGACAAGCCCGUCCUUAGCUGAAGAGUCGUUUGAUACGACAGAAACCCCCGGAGAGCAGCAGACUGACAACCUUAAUACAGAGUGCCAGAGUGACACAAGCUCAACAGAAUCAGCUGUUAACUAUGUAGAUAAAUAUACAGAGCAAGACCCUGUGACUCUGAACACUCAUAGUAAGAGCGGUGUCUCAGCCAGCGACACACACAGACCUGUGGACCACCCUGUCAAAUCUCAGACCUCUAUGAACUUCGCAGACAAACAUGCAGGCAAAGAGAGCGAUAAACCUAAAAUUAAACAACCAGCAUCAGAAGAACAAACAGAUUGUUCUGUUGUGGUCCAUCCUUUGGAGGAUCAGAGGCCUACAAACCACCAAAAAGAAGAUAAAGCUUUCAUCGAGACUCUUCCCUUCUCUGAUCACCCUCCACAGGAAUCCCCCGAGGGCGCUUCUAACAACUGCUCCGCUGCACAGGCAUGCAGCGAUACUGAAGAGUCUCCUGUGAAACUGCCGAAAUCUUGCGUCAAAGAUUCAAAGGAACCUUCUGAACCCGCGACAAAUCUUCUAACAGAGAGAGUAGUGGAAAAUAAAAAUCAGGAGAAGCUUUUACCGCAGCACAGCGUCCACUCUCAGCUCUUACUAAGCCCCCCUCCGGCCUCAGCACCCUGCCCCCUCAUAACCCCACACCUGCCCUCAUCCGCUCUCCUCUCCAGCCCCACGCUACCGUCCCUAGGAUUCACCCCGCACCCCGUCGCCGUCGCCCUCCCACUCACCUCCUCUCCCUCCGCCCCUUCUCUCACCCUGCCUCCCCCUCACAGCCCGUCCACCCAGGCCCUCUCCCCUCCAGCUCUCUCUCCCUGUGCAUCCCUCACUUCCCUACCUCCCGUCUCGCCCUUCGCUCAGAUCCGAGCCCUCUCAGAGAUUCCAGCUACAGAUGAUCGGUUCCAGACCGCCUCCGACAUCCAGGUGCAGGGCACGGGUGGGCAGGUGGGGGCAAGAACAGAGGAAACAGCAGAUGAACGCAUGAGUUGCACACAGUUAUUAAAGGCCCCAGCAGGAGGCUGUCUGGUGGACGCGUGCUGUCUGCUCGGAUCCUCAGGCAGUUUGUUUGUAGCAGCAGCAGGAAAGUGGGCCGUGUGUUUGUGGAGUCAGACUUCAGCAUCCGAAUGGUGCCUAACACACACAUGGACCUUCAAUGAGCCGGUGAUCAACGUGUUUCCUGUCCCGGAUGCUGCCGGACUGAUGUGUGUGACUCUGGGUCAGCUGGAGAUCAGAGAAGUGAGGAUGCUGUCGUGCUCCAGCCUCUCACAUGUGCUGCUGUGCGAGGGCGUCAUCCAGGCUGUUGUGGCUGUCCCCGGGUCCAGAGUGGUCAGCUCCUCCUACUCAGCGUGUGGUUCCACGCUGCAGGUGUUCACACUGUCAGACAGCAACAGCACACAGAGCUCUCAGCCUCUCGCGUCUCCUGGUGUUUGUGUCGGGGCCAUCGCUCCGGUGGACGGACUUUCAGAUGCUCUGAUCGGUACUGAUGAGGGCGGAUGCCUCUUUGUUUGGAAUUUAAAGACUGGACAACUGCUGCGGAGAAUCGUCCUCGGAGACGGUUUAUCACACACGGCCUGUCUCAGAGGAUACUCCUACUGUGGAGUGUUAUUAGUCCUGCUGCAGCAUCACUUUCUCAGCUCCCUGGAGGAAGAAGAAAAAGAGGCCAAAGCAAAAGAUCAAAGGUUUUUGAAGGAGGAGGAGAAGGAAGAAGAGAGGAAGAAGACAGCGCUGUUCUCCUUGGUCGCCGUUAACCCUCUGAGCGGAAAAUCUGCUCUGGCUACCCGGCUGUAUCCGCCCAAAGCCUGGUCCGGCAGGCUGUGCGAGGCCGACGUUAACAGUUCCAGCGUGGUGGGCCUGAGUCAGAGCGGCUGCGUGUGCGUGUGGGAGCUCGGGCGCCGGGGGGAUUCGAGGAUGGUGUGGGCUCCCGAGAGCGAAGGCUGGCAGCUGGCUCGAUGGGGAUGCGGGGACACACUGAUGACCGGCCAUCACAACGGAGACGUCACGCUACACUUGUGCAGAAGGAGUCAGACUUCACAGACAGUGUAGUCUCUCAUAUUACUUUCUGUCACUGUUUGACUGUUUACAGGAAGAGUUUAACACAGUAUCAGCUGACAGACGCCUUUAAAAUACUACAACAUCACACUCGGUCAUUGCACUUAUACAGUUUUAAGUUAAAUUUCUGUCUUCAAUUAGUUGGCACUACUCCUACAGCUAAGAUAUGGGAGUUAUUGUUCUGUAAACUGAACAUAUCCUAUAAGUCAGUGUUUUGCUGGUUUCCUCCAACAUUUAGAGAUGAUAUGACUGAUGUUUUUAGAGCACCAGUGUAACAAACUGGAUGUCGACUGUAUGUCAGAUUUCCACUUUUUUAGACUACUGUAACCCCAGACUGAAAACCAAAUUUGUAUUUUUUUACUGCUGCUGCUGCUAUUUCAACUGUUCUUUAUUGUGCUUACUUGAAAACAAAUUGUUAUAUUUAAAGAAAAAAAAAAGUGUGUUUUUAUAAUUUACAUUAAACAUUUGUGAAUUCA